CCUUGCCCCAUUUUCCCGGUUCCAGUUGCCCUACUUGCACAGCACUGCUGGGCAACCCUUGCUUCUCGCAGCGAGGCUUUUUGUCGUGGCGCGCAACUUCCCUGGCACUCUGCAGUGCACUAGGUGGUGUUAUCUAUAAAUACAUGCAAGCACAACACCUUACCAUACGCAUACAUACAGCCAUACGCAUCCUAGCUCGAAGCUGAACGUCGAUCGAGCUCCGACUAAAGAUCUUCGGAUCGGAGCACCAAGCAGAGUAGCAGCAGCUACUUUGUACGCCGUCAGAUUCUUGGGAGAUGGUCGGGCUCGGGCCCAUCGUGCUCGCGGCAUCCGCGGGGCUCGGCGCGCUCGUCGGCCAAGCAGCGGCCGACGGCGGGUGGUGCUCGGCGUGGAGGCCGCCGCCGCCGCUGGCCGGCGCCGGCGGCGGCGCGCGGGGGUCGUACUGCGCGGCGUGCGGUGGCACAGGGAAGGUUGCGUGCCCCUGCGCCCGGUGGUCGGACGGCGACGUCGGGUGCAGGACGUGCGCUGGAUCCGGUCGCGCGGCGUGCCGGAGCUGCCGUGGCUCCGGCACCCGCAGACGCGCCGCCGUCCGGGUAGCCGUGCGCGCGCAGAGGGCUCUGGUGGCCGUUACGAAAGACAGAUGACGGGGUGGGUGUGUCUGUGAAGAAGCUGGAUGCUGUAAUCAGAAAUAUCUUACAAAACCCCCUGACACAGCACCGUUGUAUGUGGAGGGUGUGGUCUGGAUUAAUUUUGCUCAUGGAAGCACCAACGCUCCUUGCGCACAAGAUACGUUCUCUUGUACUGGUACUGUGUAGUAGGCUGUAGCAUCAUGGAUUCAUGGCCACGGGUGAUUAGUAUGUACACUACACUACAUCCCUUUUGUUAAACCUCACUCGACUUUCGAGCCC